AUGGCUUCCAGUUCCAGUAAAUAUGAUAGGGUAACGACUGAUCCAGAUUUCACUACAACAAAAAAUAUUGGAAAGCUGAUUUGUGAAUUCAUUGGAGGUUUGAUGAAAAUAACAAACCUAAAACAGAGCAAAAAUAUAGAACCUAUGAUUAAACGUUUAGGCAAACACUUGGAAGAACUCGUUGGAACGGCCGAGGGAAGACGGCUUCUAUGCAGCAUGAAACAACUGGCAUUACGAAUAAAAAACAAAGAAAACUUUCUGGGUAUGUUAUGGCGCAUGUUUCAUGUAACUGGACGCAUUUGUACUGAAGGUUCUGGGCGAUUUGGUCUGUUUUUCAUGGGAACAGCACUUUUAGUUUUUCUCCUAUCGACAGUUACAGGUCUUGCGGAAGGAAUAUUAGCAGUCUGGUUUACACUAGCAGCAAGGACAUUUGCUAUGCAGUUGUUUACUAGUGGCUCGAACCUCAUGCGAAAGGGUGUAAAAGAAACAGUUCCAAAUCGGAAAACAUUCGUGAACUUAUUGAACACAAUUGCGUGCGGCAGCGGACAGGAACAUGAGCAAGUGUCAAAGGAGGAAAUUCAACAGUUGGAAGUCAGAUUUGCAAGAGCUAAAGUUUGUUUUCACCAUGACUGGGUAUUGCUUUAAAUUUGAAUUCGUUUUGUAAAUCGAAAC